UUAGUUUCCAAUUAAAAGAAAAGUGUCAUCUAAUCUCUGCUCCCGCGAUCCUCUCCAGGUGCUGUAGUAAAUUUUCCGUGGGCUGGAUCAUGUUGGCCGUUCCCGUGGUGGGCAUUUCGCUCGGUCUGGUCUUCAGGCUCCGGGACAAGGCGCAGGAACAGCGUCGCAUGGGCGCCGUGGCCUCUAAUGGAGCAGGUUGUGCCGAGAUAGCGGGCGCCAUCCUGGAGCUUGGAGGAUCAGCUGUGGACGCCACCAUUGCCACAAUGCUCUGCGAGGGUGUCGUGCUGCCCCACGGCCUGGGCAUCGGAGGAGGCUUUGUGGCCACCAUUUACUCCAAAGAGACAGGAUUAGUUGAGAGCUUGGUUGCCAGGGAAACAGCUCCGGCGGCAGCCACCCAGGACAUGUUCCUGGAUCGGGACAUCACCGGGGCUAUGGCGUGCGCAGUGCCCAGUGAGGUCUACGGGUAUUGGGAGAUGCACGAAAAGUACGGUCGCCUUCCCUGGAAGCGCCUCUUCCUGCCGGCCAUCGAUCUCUGUCGGAACGGCGUCAAGGUCUGCCAGAAUUUGGCAGCUGCCCUCGUCUUCGAGGAGAAACGCAUCCGCAACGAGCCCUCCAUGGCGGAGAUAUUCAUCAAUCCCAAAACGAACGAUAUCUACCGGGAGGGCGAGAUCAUAUACCGUCCCAAGCUGGCGGAGACUCUGGAAAUAGUGGCCAACGAGGGCCCGGAAUCCAUCUACCGAGGCGGCCGGAUAGGCCGGGAGCUGGUGGAGGAUAUUCAGGCCAUGGGAGGCAUUGUGACUGAAGAGGAUCUCCAAAACUACGAAGCUCGAUGGGAAAAGCCACUCCACUCGCGCUUCAAUGGAGGCUACGAACUGUUCACAUCGCCCCUGCCCACCAGUGGGGCAGUCCUGACCUUCAUGCUCAACGUGAUGGAGCCUCUGUUCACCACCAACACGGACAGGUACUGGCAGCGACUGAUCGAGACCUUCAAGCAUGCCUACGGGUAUCGCACCAAUCUGGGGGACAUCCACUACGAGCCGGACGUCCAGGAAGUGUACGAGAACCUACUGGAUCCCAAAUUUGCGGCUGGUGUCAGGAAACUGAUCCAAGAAGAUAGCACCUCUGAGAAUAUGUCGCACUACGGCGCCAAGUACGCCGGCGUGGAGGACCACGGCACUGCCCACAUCUCCGUUUUGGCUCCGAACGGAGACGCCGUAUCGGUGACCAGCACCAUUAAUUACCUUUUCGGAGGAAUUGUCCGAUCCCGGAAGACAGGAAUAAUAUUGAACAACCAGAUGGACGACUUCAGUUCCCCGGGACGGAGUAACUACUUCGGGAUGCCACCCAGUCCUACCAACUUCAUCAAGCCGGGCAAGCGGCCCAUGUCCUCGACGUGCCCCAGCAUCAUCCUGGAUGCCCAGGGCGAUGUUAAGCUGAUUAUAGGCGGGUCGGGAGGCUCCAAGAUACCCAGCUCGAUGGCCCAGACCUUGCUGCGCUAUUUCGUGCUCAAGGAACCCAUCGAACAGGCGAUUAGCAGCGGAAGAUUCCAUCACCAACUGGCUCCAAUGGCUCUGUAUGUGGAGGAGCGGGUGCCGAAGCCCACAGUGGCCUAUCUUGAAAGUAUCGGACACAAGAUCAACUACAUCUAUGAGAAGAUUAUCUUUUGCUCCCAGACGGCGAUAGCCGUGGAGGAGGGAGAGCCUCAUCCCUACUGCGAUUGGCGGAGAUUCGGUAGCACCGUGGUGGUUAAGGUGCCUUGAGGGGGUCACCUCAGUUGUUAUCUAUUAUAAUACUUAGUCUUUAAUUAGUCUUAAUUUUUUUACAAAAAAAAUAGAACCAAACCGGAACCAAAUAAAAGCACAUAAGGGGGAACAGGUAAACACCCUCCCCA